AUGAACGGCGAGCACGAAGAGACAGCCGCCCAGCAGCAGCACCAAGAUGGCGCCGGCGAUGCCGCCGCUGCAGGUCCGUCCAACGCGAACCAGGUCAGCACCUCGUUCUUCCCGCCACCUCCGCAGAUCUACAAAAAGUUCACCAAGCGCAACCUGCGGUACCUGGAUGCGCUCAACGCGCACAAGCUGGGCGAAGACGAGCCGAGCUGGGACUCCCUCACUCCCGAAGAACGACUGGGCCGCCAGACACGCAUCCUCGAAAGCGUAGCUUCAUCGUCGAAGCAAACCGACGGCGACGACGAUGUCGAGAUGGGUGCUGCGGAUGGCGCUGCAGCAGAAGCCUCGACAUCGUCGCUUCCAGACUUCGACCUGAAGCGAACGCUGGAGCCGCCCAACAUUGACUGGAUCGAGGAGGACGGUGGCUACACGGUGUUUGGGCAGCUGUGGCCGAUUCCGGACGUGACGCCGACACUGGAGCAACUCGGCAUCCCCGUGCUGUACCCGCUCGAAGGUACCGACCGCAAGGAGCUGCUGUUGACGCUUCUGCAGACGCUGCUGCAAACAUACCGAGAGAUCACCGCCGACCUUCUCAAACCUGCGCAGCCGUACGAUGUGUGGGUGGCCGCAGUGCCGGACCCGAACCUGCUGCCCGAACAGCAGCAGCAGCAGCUGGCGGGGAAUCCCGGAUUCUGGACGCAGUCGACCGAGGCCAAGGAUCGACUCAAGCACAUGCAGAAUGUGGUGGUCAACAUGCAGUUUUUGAUCAACGAGCUGCGGCCCGUGCAGGCCAAAGAGACGCUCAAGCUCAUCAUGCAGAUGCAGCUCGAGCGUCGCAAACAAGAGACGCAACUCAUACGCGAACGAUGCGCCAGCAUGCGGGCACGAGUUCAGCAGCUGCGAACCAUGCUCGCCCAGCAACCCAGCGACUGA